GGGUUUGUCUUUACGCUGGUUGGGAGAGCCGCGAUUUUGAGGGUUCAGUGGAAUCUCUGUUCUAGAAGGUGAGCGGCGUAGCGCUUCGGAGAGACGGCGCAAGCAGGAGUAGGCGCUGCACUUGAAGGAGGACAGUCAGAAUGCAGACUCCAGUAACUCUUCUGGCUUCACCAGCUCUGCUUCGCUGUUGUUCUCGAAUUCUAACUAGGCCAGCUUCCCUAUCUUUAUUGAGCAGGCCUGAGACUCAAAUUGUGCAGCCUUUCGGCUUUUCCACUCAUCAGCUGACUCAUCGGGAAAUCCAAACCAGCUCUGUUUCCCGUGAUAUUGAUACAGCUGCUAAGUUCAUUGGUGCUGGUGCUGCUACAGUGGGAGUAGCUGGUUCAGGAGCUGGAAUUGGAACAGUGUUUGGCAGCUUAAUCAUUGGUUAUGCCAGGAACCCGUCCCUCAAGCAGCAAUUGUUUUCUUAUGCUAUCCUAGGUUUUGCCCUUUCGGAAGCCAUGGGGCUCUUCUGUUUGAUGGUGGCAUUCCUGAUUCUGUUUGCCAUGUAAAAAACCUCUGCUGUCGUCUCAGUUUAAGCCUGCUGUUACAGAUAUAAGCAAACUUUAAUAAAUAUAAUUCAAGAUUU